AUGCGCGACACAAAUGACUGCCGACUGAUCGACGAGUCUAGCGAUUGCCGCCCGAAGACUGUUCCCGAAGACACCGUCACACGAGUGACAACAUAUCCGGAAGACAUGGUCAACGAGAACGGCAAGAAGUGCUGUCGCAUACUCUUAGUGGGAGAAUCCGGUGUCGGCAAGACUUCACUCAUAUUCUCGUUAGUGAGCGAAGAGUUCCCCGAAGAGGUGCCCCCGAAGGCCGAGGAGAUCACAAUCCCGGCCGACGUGACGCCCGAAAGGAUCUCC